AUGGCUGACUAUCCAAGACCAUUUAUUAGAUAUGAUGGGGAAGAUGACGAUGAAGACGAUGAAGAAGAUGCAAUUCCCAAGAUUAGAAUUGGGGUCUGUGCAAUGAGCAAAAAGGUAUAUACAUGUAUAAUAUAUAAUAUAUAAUAUAUAUAAUAUAUCUCUUUUAAAUAAAUAUUUGUUUAGUGAUGUGCCUUGGGCUUUCGACAGUGUCAAUGCCUUAAGCGAGGUGCAGCUGAAACGCUUGAUUGAAAAUUUGCCCUAAAAUUUGUAUUUAAUCAUUCAUUUACCCACUUCCUUUAGACCAACUCCCAACCUAUGCAAGAGAUCUUAAAUCGAAUGUCAGCAUUUGACUGUGUGGACAUAUCCGUGUUUCCUGAUGACACUAUCCUGAAUGUUCCAGUGGAGGAAUGGCCCAUUUGUGACUGUUUGAUUUCAUUUUACUCCAAAGGCUUUCCACUUGAGAAAGCAAUUGAGUAUGCCCAGCUGAGAAAACCAUUCAGUCUAAAUGAUUUGGAAAUGCAAUAUGCCCUGAUGGACAGGUAUGUGUGUUGUACAUGUGAUCAAUCAGGUGAGGGUAGUCCUGGGAGGCACUGUAUCUGUGAUGGUGACUGACAUUUUGGCAACCUAAGCAGAAUUUAUUACCAGAGUGGGGGUGAUGAGUGACAACACUGAUGAUGACCUCCACCCAGUUGUCAAAAUGUCAGUCGUCACUACCGACAACAUUCUUUCUCAGGACAACUCUCAUCUGGACCAUCAGACUAGAUGUUCAAAUAUUCCUUCCAGGCUCAAACCAAUUUCUAUAUCACACUCAACUUUGUUCUUGUCAUUACAUUACCACAAUUUUGGCUAUUAAUAUAAAACACAGCUUUUUAGAUACAAGCCAGAGGAAAGAGUUUUGGUUAAAACUGUGCCUAUUUUCCUUUGCAGACCAACAAUGUACAGUCUUUUGGAGAGCGCAGGGAUUGAAACACCAAGACAUGCUAUUUUACUACGAGAUGAUGAUGGAGAUCCCAUAAACACUAAUUUUGUUGAGACGGAUGAUUCUGUACAGAUUGGUGAUGUUGUAUUCCAAAAACCCUUUGUUGAAAAACCAGUAAAUGCAGAAGACCACAAUGUGUACAUAUAUUACCCCUCAUCAGCUGGAGGUGGCAGUCAAAGAUUGUUCCGAAAGGUUGGAAAUAGAAGCAGUGUGUACUCAGGUGAGAGUUCUGUGCGCAAGGAAGGGUCUUACAUUUAUGAAGACUUUGUGGUCACGGAUGGAACAGAUGUGAAGGUAGGCAAGACAUAACAGUUUUUUACUGUCUGUAAUUCUUUCUGUUUUGAAAUGAGACCUUUAGAGGAGUAGGGUUCUCCCUUAUUUUAGGCAUGACAAACCAAUCAAUCAAUCCUUUCACUUGUUGAAUUUUUUAGUUUUGAUAAUUCUAAGGGAUGUUAGGUCUGUGGUAAUACAAAUAUAACAGGUAUUAUAUGUGUUAAAUUUCACUGUUUACUUCCUGAAAAGGAGGACACUGGAGAAGUGCAUGGACAUAAGUUCAAUUCAUUAGAAAUUUGCAGACAUAACAUGUAGGUUAUAGUUCUCGUUUUUUUCCUGGGUUCAAAGUUUAUUUUUCUGUACUAUGAGACUAAUUGUAAUUCAUUGCCAUCCUCAAAAACUUAGAAAAAUUUGUUUUAGGUUAAGAAUGUAUUAAUUUUUUUUGUAAAAUGUAGUAAGAGACAUGUUUUUCUUUUGUGGAUCAAUAAAUCAAGGUGUACACAGUGGGCCCAGAGUAUGCUCAUGCUGAGGCACGGAAGUCUCCUUCACUUGAUGGAAAAGUUGAAAGAGAUAGUCAAGGAAAGGAAAUACGUUACCCUGUCAUCCUAAACCAGUAUGAGAAAGAACUGGCAAAUAAAGUCUGCAACCUGUUCAAGGUAUUGGGAUGCGUUGCUCAUAAAUUGGUACAAGUUAGGAUAAGGAUAGGACACAGAUUCUGUUGAUGGUAAAACAAAGUGCAACAGAAAACAGCUCAAUGGCAAUAGCAGUGCCAAAAAGGGGGGAAUGCAUGACCUGUUUUUUUUUUUUAUUGAGCUGACCCAAGCCCUCUUCUUUUUACCUUACCACCACUUGCAUUGUUUACCACUGUGCCUUGAUUUACCAACUUUACACUAAGGACAAGCUCCAGAUUGAAAAGUCGUGGACAGAUUCUUGGUCAUGGUCACUGUAUUCUCAGGUUACUCUUGCCAUGCUAAUGUCUACCUUGGAGAUUAAGGUUUAUGUUCCUGGGAGGAGAGAGGAGACUAAUGAAAUGCUGGGGGAUAACUUGCUGUAGACUUACACACUCCUUGGGAGAAGAAGUGACACGUCUAGCUUCUUCAGUCUAUAGACACUAGCUGCAGCAGUGAUGGAGCUUUUUGGGUCCUAGCACUGAAUGCUUGCCCCCAUGGUAGUGAUGUUGGUAUAAAUGUACUUGAACUGUUCAUGCUAUUUAUCUUAUAAACUAUGGUGCUACUGGUAUGUGAGGAUUUCAAGCCUAGGGAAAAGCCGUAACAACAUGCAUCACAAAAUAGUGUAUUUUUUCACGUGUGUUUGAUAUUGCCAAUCAGCCUUUCUUGCCACUCAGUCAGGUUGAUGAAUGAACAGCAAAGCCUUCACCAUUCUCAAUUCAUCUUUGUUUGUCAGAAUUUUCUCGUAUUGUGGUUGCUAAAUCAGACAGUGAUGUUCAAACUUUCCUCAGGGAGAUUGUCGAUCCUUUUAUUUUCAUACGUUAAUAAAGUCGACUUUUCUUGUCAGUCAAGGGUUAAUGUUUUUAUAUAAUAAACAAAAUAAUACAUGGUUGCUUGUAGAUAUGGAAUUUCUCUUCUGGUGUUCAACUGGCAUCUCGCGUGUUUGCUGUGCUUACUCAUGAGCUAUGGAGUAUAACAUAUAAAGAGAAAUUCCAUAUCUACACACAUCCAUGUAUUAUUCUCUAUAUAUUAUAGCAUACUGAACAAUCUUGAAUUCUUUUUCCACUUAGCAAACAGUUUGUGGGUGUGAUUUACUGCGCACUCAUGGCAAAUCCUAUGUUUGUGAUGUCAAUGGCUUCAGUUUUGUAAAGACAUCCAAGAAGUACUAUGAUGAUGCAGCACAGGUCUUAAUGAGCCUUAUUGUACAUAAACUAGCACCUCAAUUAUACACACCGUACAAUCUUGAUUUACCAGAAGAGACACCCACUGUUGAAGCCCUGGAGGGUACCAUGUUAGAGCUAAGGUGUGUUAUUGGCAUUAUCAGGCAUGGUGACCGAACUCCAAAGCAGAAAAUGAAGAUGGAAGUCAGGCAUCCAAGGUGAGAUAAACACAGUGUUUACCCAUUCACUUCCAAGAUCUCUUUCAAUAAUUUUCUUAACUGUAUGCUGCACAAUUUUUAUCUUCAGCUUGUUAGUUUGAAGAAUUUGGUGUUGGAUCUACUAAUAAUCCUCAAUAGUCCAUUUUACAGUUGUGUGCUUGGUUGCCAAGCCUUUGAACAGGAGUAAGGCUAAGGGUGACCUUAUUAUGAUACAAACCUUGCUGCUUUUGAAAUGCAAAUUAAUUUGUUAUCAUGCUAACUAGAUUCUAGUCUCUAACACAACAAGGUCACCUUCAGCCUCACUCCAAAUCAAAGGCUUGGCAACUAAGUACACAACUGUAAAAUGGCCUAUUGAUAUUUUUCUUUUAUGUCAUCUCUUGUGUGCUUGAUAUUGUAAUGAUAUUGUAAUGAUAUUAUAAUGAUAUUGCAAUGAUAUUGUAAUGAUAUUGUAAUGAUAUUGAAUGGUGCAUGGAAUUCCAGUAAGUGAUGUUCAUUGUACCUCAAUCCAUAUAGCUUCCCGAAGAUAGUUUAUUUGAAUCAUAUUUAUGGGGACUUUUUGUGGGCCAUGACUUGUUACUUGUGUAUUGUAGUUUGACAUGAAUUGCAGGUCAAAAAUAUGUUUAACAUGUUUGAAUUAUUGUCUCUGUCGUUCCAUAGCUGGAAGGUGCAUAACUUUAAGAAGGGAAAAGGAAAAUAAAAUUCAAAUUUAGUUUGAAAUCUGUUUGAAACUGCAACUUGAAUGACUUACUAUGUUGUUUGUACAUGUAUAAUGUAUAUGCCUGUGAAUGAGACAAUCAACCCUUUAAGCCCCAAUAGUGACUAGCAUCUAAUUUCUCCUAACAACAUCACUGCCUGAUUAAAUGUACAGAUCAUGAGGAUGAAUGAAAUGAUCACCAAAGUUGAAAUGUCUUUAUGUUUGAACAAAUUCUCUCAAUCACUAAAAUACGAAAUGUAUGGAGAUCAGUGAGGAGAAUGUACAUGUUGAUAUCAGGGCUUAAAGGGUCAAGUUUCAUGAAAUGAAACUGAGUGUUUUUUCUAUACCAGAUUUAUUGAACUUUUCAAGAAGUAUCAUGGCCUUGAUGAACACAAGCUCAAGUUGAAGAGACCAACCCAGUUACAAGAGGUGUUGAAUAUUGCCAGAGAUUUGCUAGCCAACAUUAAGGAGGGGAUUCCAAUCUUUGAGAGGCGUAACAAGCUCCAUCAACUCAAAAGUGUGUUGGAAAUGUAAGUUAUUCUUGAAGAUUCACAUGUGUUUCCAUGUCAUUUAUCACAAAUCUUGCACAAAAUACGUAAGGUUUUGCUGGUACUUUUGAGUCGUUGAAAAGUUUUAGGGGUGAAGUCAAGGGAGUCCUCAAGCUAUUAUUCUGAUUUAUUAGGUGUGAAUUGGGUUUUGCAGGAUUUCUUGCCCUGAAUUGUUUUUGGGAAUGUAUUCCUUGCUGUGUUGGUCAUUUUUUAACUCAAUUUUCCUAGGAAGUUAUUUUUUUACUUCAUUUUUGCUGGGUGGAAUGUUAAAAGAAAUUAAAAGUCAAAAUGAACUAUGUCAACCAUUGUGCACAAUAUUUGGCUGGUUCUUAGUUAUGUUAUAUGGAAGGGUUACUAGUUUUGAGUUGAAGAACAAGACAUGCAAAUGCAAACAUAUAAAAAGUGGGCCAAUAGUGCAUAUUAACCUAGACUGUGCCAUGAGGAAGAUGUUUUGUAGGGGUACAAACUUUUAUUUAAUGGUUGUAUUUAUGCUGCUGAUGGUAUCAUCUCUGAUGGUAUUAUUGAUUUUGCUUUUCUCUCAUCAAUCUUAUUUAGGUAUGGGUAUUUCUCUGGAAUUAACAGAAAGGUUCAAUUCAAGUACCUUGGCAAACCUCGAGAUGGGAGUGAAAGUGAAAACAGCGAGAGUCGACUAACAGAUUCUGGUUCUGAUGAGAAGAGUGGAAAACAAAAAGUAGGGAAGGAAGCAAAAACGAAAGACAGUAAAGAAGGCACAGGGCAAUCAAGUGAAGAAUCACAGGAAAAUGAAGAAACAAAGGAUGAAAAACUAAAGGUACCAGUUGACUCCGAACAUGCACUGCUGCUGAUAGUCAAGUGGGGUGGAGAACUGACCACAAUGGGAAAGGAGCAGGCCUUACAGCUAGGACGGGCUUUCAGGUACAUAUAUAUGAAAUAGCAAGUGAUGAAAAUUUUCCAGUUAAUUGCAUGGAGACUCUAGUUUGAAAUGCCCAGGUUCAAUCUCUGGAUAGUUGCAAUGUGUCGUUUCUUGGACAAGAUGCUUUAUUUUGGUAUUGCCUCUCUCCUGUCUGGAGAAGGGAGAGGGGCUAUUUUUAAACACAGUGGCUUCACAUUAAAACAUUUCAUGUGUAGUCUUUUUUCACUUUCUAUCUCUGAUUAGAAAAUGGAAGAGUUCUCAAAACUGCCGGUGAAUUCUGAUGUAAUGUUGUUCCACCUCUCUGGUUGUUUUUUUCCUCUUCAUGAUUCUGUUCACAUUUGGCCUAUGCAAAUAUCUUAAAAUUUAGGAGCAUGUACCCUGGAGGUCAAGGGAGAUACUCUGCAAUGUCUGGCAUUGGUUUACUGCGACUUCAUAGCACCUACAGACAUGACUUGAAGAUUUAUGCAUCUGAUGAGGGACGAGUUCAAAUGACAGCUGCAGCAUUUGCAAAGGUAUCCAGCUCAAACAAACAGCUACGUACAUGUGCUUCUAUGUAUAAACUUAUUAAAUACUUUGUCACAAAGAGAGGUCUCAUGAGGUACUACAUGUAUGAAAAAGACUGAAGUCAUCAUCUUGCUCCUUCACUGAACUUGAGAAAAAAAAUGGAAAGGAGCAAAUUCAACUGUGAGUAAUGUCUUGUAAAGAUGUAAAGAGGGAAGUACCCAGAAAAAUACUGUAAACCUGUAAAAAAAUAGUGAUAGUUAACCCUUUACACCAUAACAUCAGUAUUCAUAUUAAAGUAAAUGGUUUGAACCCAGGAGUAUCAGUAGUUCGUGUAGUGUGAUCGUCCGGGUGAGUGUAGUUCUGAAAAGAACUGUUGUUGGUGACUGACGUUUCGACUAUCUGUGCGGUAGUCAUCUUCAGAGUCAAGUGAAGAGUAGUUGUCAGUCGAUGAUGUUAUAAAGUCUGGUCUGUUGAACGUGAUUGGUCUGUUUAGCCGUGAUGUGAUUGGCUGGAAGACUCGUGUAGAGUUUGUUAACAGUCAUUGGUCGGUUUCGAUCCGUCUGUUGUUUGUCGGUCUGUUUAUCGGUUUGUUCACGUCGUCAAUGAGUCGUUUGUAAGGUGCUGGUAAUUGUUGACAUCUGUUAAGAGGCGUCUGUUCUAAGUUAGUAAACCAGCUUUCCAGAGUCAGUCGUUGAAAAUAGUUUGUACUGUAGGUUAAGCAUUUAGCAGAGUCCCAGUCGAUUCUGUGAUUAGUUUGUCGGUGAUGUUCAGAAAUGUGAUUGUUUACAUCGCCCUUUCUAGUUGCUCGUUUGUGUUCAGUUAGUCGCGUGUUAAGGUUUCUACCAGGUUUCUACCUACCAUCACACUACACGAACUAGUAUUCAUAUUCUCUAUACUGUUCUCUAUACAUUUCCUGUGGUGUUGACAAGGAGAUGUUGUUUAACAAUCAAGAACUUCUUUAGUUUGUGAUCAUUUCCUUUAUUGAUGAAACUUUAAUGUCUGAUUCGGAGGUGAUAUUGUAAGGAGACAUUAGAUGCCAGUCCCUUUUUUGUGGUCAAACAGUUAAUACUGUAUUAGUUCUAAACAAGCUUGUACUCUGUUGGUCUGUAGGGUUUUCUUGCACUUGAAGGUGAGCUGACACCAGUUCUUGUACAUCUGGUACGUAGUGAUAAGAACACCACGGAAAUGCUUGACACCUCUGAUGCUGCUACCAAGAUACUAGGAAAGUAAGUUCAAGUUUGAUUUUCCAAUUCUCGAGCAGUAUUUGUGUGUGAGAUAUAUUUGUUUAACAUAUCUAAGCUUUCUAUGAGGGUGUAUUUGUUAAUUAAGUUUUGGAAUAUUCAAGGCCCAACGCUUGUGGUCAAUUUAGUGAAAGUCUCUUUAAUGUUCAGUAGGUGACCAUUUAUGUAAAAAUUAUGGAGAGGAUGAUGGUGAAAUUACACUCAGAUGUACUUAAUAAUUACAAUGUUCACUGUAUUUCUUCCUUUUUUUUAAACCCAUUUUCUUGUUUUCAUUUAUUGACAUGUUUUCUUAAAGUAAUAUUAUUGGAAUUUUCUAUCUACAGAGUAAAACACAGGCUUCAUGAAAUGCUUCAUUCCAAUGAUGAUUUCAAAGAAGAGGAUUUUGCCAGGGUUUGUCGGAAUUUAAUUCUAGAUAGUGCAAUUUUCAGUUGGGUAUUGAAGGUAACAUGUAAUUGUUUUGUUCUUGCUUUACUUCGCUUUGUGAUUGGCUCCGAAAACUCGCGCCUCUCUCGCUAGCAAUCAGAUGCGUAACUAGAACCAAUCACGACUUGGUCGCCUGCGUUUUCCCGCGCUUUACUUGAGGUUCUCAUUGGUCCUCAAGGGUAUAUUCCUUUCAUCUGAUUGGCUGUUGCAAUUACGUUGGUUCUGGUUUUACGUCUCUUAAUCAAAAAGCGCUUUUAAGUGAUGAUACGAUCAAGUGAUCCUUCUUUUAAUUUUGUCAAAACGUGCGUUCUCUGCUUUCUUGUCUGAUUGCAGCUUGCACCAAACAAGUCUCCUUCUGUGAUAAAUGCCAUGAAAUUUGUGAAAAAUCCAUACAAAAUGUGUGAAAAGCUGCACAACUUGGUAGCGAAUCUUACUGGACAAUUAAAGGAGCUGAUAUCCCAGAAAAGUUAUGAUCCAAGAGGUGAGAAUAGCUACAUAAGGGUCAAAAAUUAUUGACUUCUCUCAUUUAACACUCCCGCUUAACAACUGCAGUUUUUUUUAAUAUCAAGUCUACUUUUCUGGGGAAAAAUUUCAAGUCGCCAUAAAUAUGAGCAAAUAAGUCUUAUCAGGGACAUUUGUUGAGGGAAACCAAGUGAAAGAAAAUACUGGAAAAGUUUCUUUGAGGUGGCUUCAUGAUAGUGUAAGAACCGUUAUUCUUUAAGACUUUUGUUGCGCUUAACGUAAUUUGUCAAGCAGUGAGAAAGUGCAAACGCGUAUGUAAUUCAACUCCUGGAGUCCCUAACACAAGUUUGGUUGCUGAGUGUCUACAAGGCGUUUCUGUGAAAGCUUAUUUCUAGGCUUCAAUUAAUUUUCUCCUUUGGUGAUCUUUGUGUUGCAGAUCCUUUCCUUUAUCAUGACGAAACAUUGGAGCUGAUGAUGCACAGGUGGACGAAGUUAGAAAAGGUCAGUUGCACAUGUAGGGUGUGAGUCCGUUUUCAGAGUCUCUCAAUCGUUAAUCUAUCUGAACUUAUGAAAGUGUAAUUUAGUAUUACCAACUGAGUUGAUAACGUAAAUUUGCCACAGUAAAGAGUUUCCAACCUGACGUUUCGAGCGUUGGCCCUUCGUCAGAAGGGGGUCUGACAAAGGGCUAACGCUCGAAACGUUAGCUUCGAAACUAUUUGCGGUGGCCAAUUUACGUUAUCAACUAAGUUGAUAAUACUAAAUUCCCCUGUUAUACUCUCCCACCGACGCAGCACCACAGUUUCUUUAGAAACGUACUCCCUUUGAAUAAAAAUGUCUUAUUCAUUUAACGUUGUUCAGGAUUUUAAGUUGAAAAAUGGCCAGUUCGACAUCAGUCUUAUUCCAGACAUCUACGACUGUAUCAAGUACGACGUGCAGCAUAACAGGUUCGUAAAAGCGAGUGGGAUAAUGGCCUGUUAAUGGUUUUGUUUAAUAAAUGAUUUGUUCAUCACUGAGGCUCUAGUCUAUAUGAACGAUGGUAGUAAAAGUGUUAUUAAUGUUCGACCUCUGUUUUAAAAGAAAAUCUUAAGUAACUACAUCGGUAAAACAGACUAGAAGUGUCAAAAGCGGGUAGAGAAAAAAAACAUGUUACUUGCGUCAAGCACGGGAAAUAUGACUGAGCAGGUUGUGAUUAUUUCUAAUUUUGCAUCUGAUUUGCAGAGAGGAUGACGCUAGCUUCUGAGUUACUCAUCCAUUCGUUUCAUAUGUGAUUAUGAAAUGCUACAGUGUAAAUAAAAUGUGAAGUCGUGGUACAGGUUUUUUUUAUUUGAUGAGCAGAUUUAUGUGCUAGAUAGUUAUGUAUUUUUCAGUAGGCUGUUCUCAGUUGGAGGCUAACUUAACGUAGAUAAAAUUGUAACGAUCUGUUUUGCAGUCGAAGAUACUGAUGUAGUUAAUUUUUGUUGAAUGUAGUAACCUGUGUUUGAAAAACGCUAUGGAUUUAUACAAGUGUGCCAAGGCUUUUGCAGACAUUGUUAUUCCGCAGGUGAGAAAGAUAAACGAGCAGACUCGCUUUCAUAGCCAGUUUUAAGCCUAGAUUUUCAUCUGGUCUUCUCGAUAGGUCACUGGCACACAUUUACCAUUCUAAUAGGAGACAGGCACUGAGAGAUAACAUUUUUCGCUCAAAAACACAACAUGUUGUUCCGCUUAGAGGCUCGAACCCAAAUUUUUCAGUUCAGUGAAGCGACUAUUAGACUUCCCAGUCUCCCGCAACUUUCCGGCCCAGUACUUUGACACACCCGGCCCCCCUUAUUUAAAAACAGUCAUUAUACUAUUUUGACAACCUAUUUCAUAACAAUAAAUGUACCCUUCGAAAAGGCAGCAGUUAUUAGUUUUACCUUUUCAUCGCAGUGGUGCCGCAUCAGUUGACAUAUACCAAUUAUAGAAUUGCCAUUUCCUUACCAUCGGGCAUUUAACCAUUUGCGUGUAUUUGGAGGAGCUCUCUAGAACCCCUUCAAAAUUCCACUUCCCAGUCUAAUGAAUGUAGCAUUUUUUAUGUGGUCUUCAAUUUAAACAAAUUUCAUAUUGUAGGAUCUAAACCUGAUUAUGUCUGAGAUGUUCAUGUUAUGACUUUACUAGUUUUGAAUGACAUUUCCCCCUUUUUUUUUAGGAAUACGGAAUAACAAUGGAAGAGAAGCUAGCCAUUGCUCAAAGAGUUUGUGUAAGACUUUUAAGGAAGAUUAGAGGAGAUCUCCGGCACGCAGACAAGUCAGAUAUACACACCCGCCUUAAUCCCAGGUAAUGAGUGCUCAAUUUCGCAGGCGUCGUCUCAUUUACUUCCCAGAUCCCUCUCUUGAUUAGGGAAAUUAGCGCUUGAUUAGGGAAAUAAUUGUAUCACGGGUAGCUUUAAGUAUUGUUUCACGUGCGACUUACGCGGGGUCAGUUAGUCAAGUCACGUUACGUAAAUGGGUCAUGAAUCAAGCUACAAUUGUGAAAAAAUUCGCUGUCUUCUUUGUUUUGUAGUUAUUCACAGAGUGUGGAAACACCGCAUCGCCAUGUUCGAACAAGGCUGUAUUUUACAAGUGAGAGUCACGUGCACACAGUGCUAAAUGCUUUUCGAUUUGGAAAGCUUUUUGAAGUAAGUUACCUUCAAGGCUACAUGUUGUUUUUAUAAACGACAGAUAGUUUGUAAAUGAUAGUUUUUUUCGCAGACAUUUUGCUUACUAUACGUUUUACCUUUUAAGCUUGACUAUCUGAAUGUUUUUAAUAAAAAAUUCAGACCCAUCUUCUGAGGAUAGCUUUUUUAGUAUGAUUAAAUAUUUUACCACAUUUUGACAGUUCACCCCCCCUAGACAUUUCCCUCAAGCUUGUAAAUGUAACUUUUCCUUAAUGUUUUAUUGUUGAAUUCUCUUGGUUCCGCCGGCAAAUGUCUAUCUCUAUUCGAUUAACUACUUACUCCUACAGUUUAAAUACAUCGAGGUUGUCUUUAUACUUUCCUGCAAGUUCGCUUACAACUAAACAAAUCCGUCUGAGGUAAGGUUUUUUAUGAUAGUUUUCAUAUGUCCUGACAGGAUAUUCCAGAUAAGCAGUGGCAGAGAGCUGUGUCGUUCUUAGGAGAGGUACCAGAAUUGAACUACAUGACUCAGAUUGUGCUGUUGUUGUAUGAGGAUCCAAAGGCGGAUCCUUUGUCUGAAAACCGAUUUCAUGUGGAGAUGCACUUUAGUCCUGGAGCCAAGACUAUGGAUGAUCCAGAGUUUUUAGCAAGGAACUCGCCUACAAGGAAACGAAGUGAGGAAGAUGUGAGAAUCUCGUCGGCUGCUGGUGGUUCAACGACGGGGAAUGUAUAUACAACGAGCAGAGGUGUCGCGGAUGAUGGCCAUCAAGUUCAGGAUAGUGUGGUUAAUACGACAACAUCAAUUAACAGUCCUAAUUCUUCCUCUGCUCCUUACGGAAUAGCCACAAGUACUUAUCCUGGACAAUCCCAGACGACGGAAAAAACUGGAAGUUUUGUUAACGACACUGCAAAUGACAUAGGUAGCUCUGUAAGUGCAGAGCAGAACUCCGCUGUGGAGGAAGCUUUGGAAAGCGAAGAAUUUGAACCGUACGAUGAGACUGUAUACGCUGGUAAUGAGCGGCCACGUUUUUCAAUCGGUAUGGAAGACUAUUCAGAUUCUGCCGUGGGUCCGAGCACAGGUGAUAGUACUGUGUCUUCGGGUACAUCUAUUGAUGACUCGUCUGGUGAAGAGAAACCGUUAAAGAGGCAAAGGAACAGUUUGAGUGAAACAGAAAUUAGCCCCGCCCCAACUGAAAUUGAAAGGAGAUGUAAAUCGGACAGUGACGUGUUAUCCGUUGGAAGUCCAACAAGGGAUUCUCCUCUAAGAAGAAAAACGAAGGACCAAGAGGCAAGUUCGAUAAAAUGCAUCGUGGAAGAAGAUGAUUCUAAACCACUUGUGGCCAGUCGAAGGCCGAAGGCUCAUUCGGUUGAUGGAUCACCAGAUGAUUUUUGUUUUGGCAAGUUGAUAGAAGGUAUGUUUGUUUAUGAGUUAGUUAAGACGAUAAAGAAAUGGCCAUUGAUCUUAAACACGAAAACGCACGAUAAAACCAAGCGAAAGAUGUAUUUGUAAAUCUUAUACAUGUUUGGUAAGUAAGUUCAAUAAGUUCGGUAAGUCCGUUCGGUAAGUGUCGUUUGUUCGUUUGCCGUAAACGUGCGGAUCGUAGGUUUGUCUGUCUCCUCAGUGUAAACGUAGCUACAGAGUAACCCAACAGUUAUCGCACUGGAAUUGGGAUCGAAACAUAUUAUAGUAGAAAAGGAAAAUGGUCGACACCAAACAAGGUGAAAGAUUUGGGUAAAAAAUGGCUAAGGUGGGGGGCGAACUUGUAUUACUUCAAGGGGCGAACUCGCAAAGGUGGUAAGGGCGAAGUAGCAAUGGGGCGAAACCUCCAGAUACCUCCGGGACAAGUGUUCCUUGGCAGUUUACAUUAGCUUGUUCCUCUCAGACCUUUUUUCUCUCAAUAACCGUCCAAAUAGCGGGAGGAAUAAUGAACGUGAACACAAGGGUUUCGCGUUCCCCCUGAGUGUCCAGCUUUUAAAAAAUUAAACUUAUCAAGCUACUAUUCUUUAAGGACGGAAUUUGGCUUGACAAAGGUACCAGCUGGAAAUUGCUAACGCUUUUAAGGGAAGUUAAACUCAAACAAAUGUUCUGUGAUAAGUAUUUUUCGGAUAGUCUAACCGUGGGAACUGUCAAUGCGUAAAAAGGUCAACCUUAUGUGGAUAAAAGGAAGGCAUGUUUACGAUUGAUAACACGUUGGUAUGUCCUCAUUUAUUGGCAUUGCGUAUUUGUCGCUGUUAAGGGUCGAAUAAGGUAAUUGUUUUGACUACUUUUGUACUAAAUCAUUAAUAUUUACCCAUGACCUGUUUUUAAAUGUAGCUGCGUAAGCUUGCCUCAGAUUAUCAAAUAACUUUGAAGUUUAUUGAAGGUGAUCACAAACUUCCAAAUAAGGGCUUUCGACAACAGGGGUUACUGCAUUUUUCUCGCCUUUGUUUUCGGCUUUUUUUUGGUUGUUCUCAUUUUUUCAUUUUGCUAUGUUUUUCCUUUUGAUGAAUUUUAAAUAUAAAUACGUUGUUGCGCCAUGCUUUUGCCUAAAAUUAAGUUUCAAUAUCGCUUGCGCUGUCAAGACAUUUUCAGUGUCUACAAAUUUUGGGGAACAUGUUUCCAGAAGGCCUUAGCCAGACUAAAUUCAAUUGCCUGGUAAAGUUUAAAUGACAACGGACCUCAGUUCCUGACGAAUAAUCUUCGAGCUUAUGCCUCUUCUCCUUGCCUUAAUGCUUAAAUAUUUACCCCUUCCUUAGCUUGCAAAAACAUUUUGAUCGUAAUGAAGUACCCCUUGCCUUGCCUGGCUCCUAAGCAUUUUAAUUGCUAAGCAUCACGCUAAUGAAAGCCUGCAGGUUCGCUGCGCUUGUAGGUUAGUCUGCCAUUAUAUGUACUUUAAUCUUACAUUAACAGUAAAUUUAUAAACAUGGUUGCCACAGGUCAGAACCUAUUAUGAGAAAUUCCUCUCGAUCAGGAGAAAGUCCGUGAAUUUUAUCUUGAGUCAUGGAAAGCGAAGUUCUAAUGAAUUGUGUGGCGUGAAGGAGAGUUUGAGUUUCACUUUUAAUAUAAUACAACUGAAGGCUUAAAGAACCUUCUAUGAUGACUCCGACCUCAGUAAAGUUUCCUUUAACGAAGUUGGCGCUGUUCUGUUGUGUUCUGUCCUGUUUUGUUCGUUUUUGGUUUGUUUUGUUUUUUUUGUUGUGGUUUUCAUUCUUUCAGCCUUCAUUGUUUUGUUAACUUGAAAAUAGGAACGCUCUAUUUUUCUGUUUGCUGAAAUAUGUCUACGGGUGAAAUGGACAGCUGUAAGGGAAGGCAGACGGCCGAUGAACUUUGCAUUUUAUCGUUCAGGGACAUUUUUUUCAUUAUUUAUUGUGGGAAAGUGAGGGAACUUUGAAAAUCGAUGACUUUGGCAACCAUGAUAAUUUUUCCUGAAUGUUUCUUGUUUCUGCUGCCUAACAUUUCAUUUGGCGUUAAAAACUGUAAUGACAACAGGAGUCAGGACUGAUUUGCAUACCGUUGACGAAGAAGAUCAGGAGAAUGAAUACGGUUCAACUGAUGAUGAUCAGCAAGGCAAAAGAAGUGGUCAAGACGAUGAUGACGUGAUUCUUGACGAAGAAGGUGAAAAAGAAGGUGGCACAGAUAGCAUCAGGAAGACAGUAGUUCAGUUAUAUUUUUCAGUGUGCUCAGUAUUCGUCAGAAGGAGCCUACUCCACAGUUUGUGGGGCUUAACUUUUGAACUAUCCGUUCUAAUCGUCUUCUUCCCUAAACAAACUUGUUUCUUUUCUGUUUUUUUUUCCCGUCCCUCGUUGGUGUUUCCCAGUUGUCACAAACUAUUAGACAUCAUUUACUAGUAAUGAAUCAAAGAAAGUUCAACAGCUUUUUAGAACAAAGGGAAAGGUCAGAACAAGCCAAUAAGAAAGCAAAGCUAAAACACGCGAACUCCCCUGAGCGCGGGGAGAGCGUGCGAGAAGCGUGGGAAAGUGCGGGAAAACACGAACGACUCCGGCACGAAGUUUUGAUUGAUUAUUGUCUCGCAUCUGAUUGGUCGAGAAGGUGGUGUUAGUGUUCUAAACCAAUCAGAGAGCGAGGUAAAACAAAAUCAUUUGUUAUCCCUGAUUACUUACGUCACUCAAUUGAAAUUUGUUCUUUUUCACUUUAACACCUCUGCGGCCUUAAUAUUGCACCUUGAAACUUAAAACAGCGGAAAGAACACUUAAAUAGUUACGAUAACGAAAAGAUAAUUGAAGGAUUCUUUUUAGUUAAUUGUCGCACAAGUUUGUUACUUUUUAGUUGUGUUUUGUUACUUAGUUAUUUACCGUGUUUUGAGUGUCUGAAAAUCUCAGGGAUAAGUAUUAAGAAAGUUUAAAAUGUUAGUAUAUAAUCUGUAACGUCCACUGAAUCUGCCUUGUGUGUAAAUCUAAAUGUAAAUCUCGUUUAACCUAAUAUCUCAGUAUUAAUAUCUCAAGUAUUUUAAUAACCUCUCUGUAUUUCAAUUUAUAUUGAGCAGUUAAUCUAAAGCUUCUUAUGCAGCAAAGACUAACAUCCAGUACUUGUGUAAAUGCAUGAAACUCAGCACAUUAUAAAACUUUUAUUAACCUUAUUUUGCUGUCACCUUGUAGAAAUUCCUUUAAACCUAAGUUCCCGCGUAUUGACAAGCACCUCUGAUGACUACUGAUUACUGAUUAAGAGUUGAUUGUACAUUGUUUAUUUUUCAUUAGUUGCUUUCUCAUGUAUGCGCAUAUUUAAUUGCUUAACGUUUUUUCACAUUCUCGUUCAUUCGUCCAUUUGGGAAUGUGCACAUCAAUGGCUGAUUACUUUCGAGGACAAGUUAUCUAAAUAGUAUUUGACUUCAGCCCGAAGGAUGAUGAUGUAGCAAGACUGGUCCACAAAAGUAGUUACACCCAUCAUUGUUACCAAUUUUCGCAAUUCCGUGCUCGGAAGUUAAAUGCUCGCUAGAGGUCGGAAAGCUAAAGCACUCUCUGAGAAGGCGGUGUAGCUACCCUUGAUUGCAAUUUGUAGCAGGUAGUGUAGAUAGUGAGGAAAUUGAUUAGUGUAGAAUUCACAUUUCACAAGUGUGAUAUUAUCAGCGCGUAAAUUUCCAAAAAUGAAGAGUGGUUAUUACCCCUUACUGUGCUAGAACGUGUUUGAGUCACGAACCGUAUCUGAACAAUUAAAGGUUUAGAAGUUUCAAAACUCUAUUUUUAAUGACAAGGGUGUUUCCGAUGCAUUGGUAGCCCGACAUCUAUCACGUGGCUUAAAUAUCUAAAGGCAAGCGUGGUUACGGGAAAAUUUACCACAGUGCACUAACUGGAAUGUUUGUACUUUGCUUAACAGCGAGUGUUUUAUUGACAGGCAGAGUAAAGCCUUCAUCGGCCAAGUCGGACACUUCUUCUGUUCGGCCACGUAAGGUCUCGUUUGAUAUGGUGCGAGACCAGGGAAAGAGCGACUUGGGCGGUCAGCCAUUAAAGGUUGUCCAGUCAACCCCGUCCUUGAAGAAAGGAGGUUCUCCGCGGAAAUUUAUACUUGGUAAGGAAGCUGGAUUCUUUCCCUCCCUUUGAAUCAUUUUUGAGAUAGACAAAGACGGGCAAAUUUUUCAUUCGUCACUGGAUUGCGGGCUUUUAUAGAUUGAGGAAACAAGUAUCCAUAGUGUGUAAGUUUUUUUGUUCAUUUGAUGUCACACCACUGGCCUCAGCCACGUUCUGAUCACGUGCAAAACCUAGACAUUGAUCGCUUUCAAUAAAUGUCUCUCAUUCGGGCUAUAUUUUAAUUUAUGCAGGGUCAUGUGAUUACUAAUCAGCUAAUCACAACCGUCUUGAGAGCAGGGGAUACGUGGGUGAAAACCAUUUUCUUUGUUUUUGGUUUUAGUAUUAUACAUAUCCUAUCUGAGUCGCUUCAAUGUUUUGUCAGUGGUCUAGUGGUCUGGUUAUUUCUACGGAAUAGCUUUAUUUUAUGAGUGGGUUAGUGAGGUGUGUUUGAAUCUUGUAAUCACUAUUCGUUGUUUGUUUUUUUAGGAACUACAACCUCCUCCAUUCGUGCAGUCAGAAAUCUUUCGUAUGCCAUUCAAAGUGCUUUGGUUGUCAAGCCAUAUUCUGUUACAAAAAGCACGAAAAACAGCCGAAAGCCACCAAGUAAGUCUUUAUGCUAUCAUUUUUUUUUUUUUAGAGCAGUUUGUUUACAAUCAAGUGUCGAAACCAGUAUGUGAUUAUCGUGGCGCUGAUUUUGCUGUGGCUUGUUGGUGAAAAAAAGACUCGCACUACUUUUCAACUCAUAAGAUAAAGAAGCUUGAGCCAAUCACAGUUUGAUCACUUGCGUUUUCGUGCACUCUAGGCCGUUUAGAAAUAUUUACUGAUAAGUUUGUUAUUAAUCUUUGUUUUAUCUGCUUUUGAGCCCAUUUUUGUUUGCGACCCUCGGUUGAAAAGCUAUCCAUGGUGGAAUGAAUCUUUCAGGGAGUAACUAAGUGAACGGCGUGAUCUUAACACAAAUCUCACGGAGUCACGAAACGAAGAACGGAAGCGCAAAACGAAGGAAAGAGUAAGCGCUUACUUAGUCUCCCUCGCAGCCAUUGUUUGGCCCCGUCACGCAACGCGUGUGACGAGAUCAAACAGCGAUGGAGACAAGGGCGUACUUGGAUCAUGACUGCAAUUGAAAGCUUCUGGCGGUUAAAAGCAAUAUCAAUUACAUCCAUAAUGGCGAUGAAAAUUACAGUAUUUGCCCAAUCAAUUUGAGGUAUAUGCUAAUAGAUUACUUAACAAUUAUUCCAUGCGCGCGCUUUGGAUAUGAGUUGGUUAGAAUUGGUUAUAACCAAAGUCUUUUCCAAGAAGUGCGAAUGGAAUAAAUGUUUUAUUAAAUUUCACUAAAUCUUGAAUGUUUGGAUAUUUGGAGCCUUUUUUCAGCUCCGCAACAGUUGGCACAAUGAAUUUCCAUAUAAGGUGACUCGGAAUAUUGUAUACUUAAUGUAUCGUCCCGAGGGAAACAGUUAGUUUUGUUUUCCCGAGAGUCCUGAUGUUUCCCUCGACUUUGUCUCGGGAAACAUCAGGAUUCUCGGGCCAAUAUAUUAAGUGCUUUGCUAUAUAUUUAGACUUGCCCUUAAACGAUCAUAUGGCGAAGACGUGCUGUUGUAUUCGGUGCGCGGGCAACAACUGCGCAAUUGUAUCCAGGUCGGGAUACAAUUUGAUUAGGAGCACGUGACCAAGAAUCAACCAAUCACAGUGUUCGUUUUGUUAAGUUCAAGUCUUGGUAUAUAAUAGGAGUUAUUAACAGGAGUUGAGUGAAUCAAUCAGAACGCUAGAAUGCAACAUUCGGUGUUGAAAACUUAAUACUUGGCCUCCAUUGUUAAGUUGCAGACUUCUAUGAAGAAAUGACGAAAGUGGAAUCACUGAAUCCCUUGCGCACACUUCACAAUGCGAUACCACUGAGGGAAAUGGACAGCUACUUCGACAAAGCCACUGAUCAGAACUUUGAAGCUCUUGUUACACCAGUCGGUACUCCCUCGAGGAAGGCUCCGUCGAAGAAACUUGCUGCCAAACCUUCAAAUCCUACACAGUUGCUGGCGAAGAUGUCCAGUGUGGCUAGCGAGGUCGUCGAAGGAGCCGAGGAGUUGCUCAAUGAAAAAUUUGAAGAACCAGAUUCUUGAUAUUUCAGGGUUCUCUUUCCGAUGAAAAUGACAGAAAAGCAGAUUUUGUUAAUGCUAUAAUUUGACUGGCGGAGUGUAUUUUAUGUGCAAUAAGUUGUUAGCUUUUAAAAAGUGACCGAAAUAUUUCGAGCGCUCUGAUAAGCCAAACACGUAUCAUUUAUUGAAACGGCAAAUCCAUAGAUAUUUUAUUAAAGAAAUAGACCGUACUUUCUAUCGGUUACCCAGCGAAAUAACACGAGAAAAAUUUGGAAACCUACGGUCUGCAGGCGAUUGACUUACAAACUUUUCUCGUGUCCAACCAAUAUCCCUUGUGGUUUAACUCCCUGGUAAACCGAUAGACAAAAAUGCUAAAUGAGAAUACCUAAAAUAGUUUUGGGAAUGUUCGCAUCCACAAGCAAAAUAAUUAAAUCAUAUUUUGACCUGUCAAUGAUAACGAGUAACGAACUGAUCCUCACUACUAAAUUGCAAUUAAAAAAAAACCUUGCCUCCAAAAUAUAGCUUCAUUUUACUGGAGCGAGGCAUGAGAGACGAGGAAGCCAUUAGAAUGUUCUUCGUUUUUAUCUAGGCGUCAUCUCUGGAAUUUCUUCCUUUAGGGCUCUCCUGUGAGAAUCACUUCAUUAUUUAAUGUUUGUUGUGUCAACUUAUGAUGAACAUCAUUUAAGAUCAGAAGAUACUAGCCAAACACAAAUUAACAACUGUUAGUUGAAUCUUACUUAGCUGAUUGGUGUCUUCUUGUUGGCACAGCAAAAUUUCAG